AAACUUAGACUUACAAAUAGAGAGAAAGAACCCCAAAACUCGCACACACUCAGUCAAGGAAAGGGCUCAGUGUGUGUGUUUGCACGCACUCACUCACAGCAAUAACAUCAGCAGUCACUCGUGUGUGUUUUGAUGAGUGAUGAUAAUAACUGAGUUCGUUCCUUCUAAAUAUUGAUUCAUAAACUUUGGUUUUUGGUGUUUUUUUUUUUUUUGGCUUUUCAGCCAUGGAUGCUUAUGAAGCAACAAGGAUAGUUUUCUCAAGAAUACAAACCCUAGAUCCUGAGAAUGCUUCGAAAAUCAUGGGUUUGUUGUUAAUCAAAGACCACGGUGAAAAGGAGAUGAUUAGACUUGCUUUUGGUCCUGAAUCGUUACUUCAUUCACUAAUAAUCAAAGCAAGAACUGAGUUAGGUAUUUCAUCAAACACUUGUUCUACACCUUCAACACCUUCUUCUCCUUCUCCUUUUUUCUCUUCUUCAAACCCUAAUUCACUUUCCAGACAGAAUUCUUCUUCGUUUUCGUCUUCAAAUUCUUCAACUGCUACUACAACUACAAGUAAUACUAUACCUAUUUCAACUAAUAAUAAUACUACUUCUUCAACUAGUAUUGCGACUUCAAGAAUGCUUAGUAACCUUAGUUUACCAAACCCUAGUUCGUGGGGGUCUUCUGUUCCUUCAUCUUACUCUGAUUUUCAGAACUCUGAUGAUUUUCUCAUCAGUCCCAAUUCUUCUUCGUCUCUUUCAUAUGCUGCUGCAAUGAAUGGGUUUAGCAACAGUAAUAUGAAUUUGGGCUCUUCCGCAGACCUGAUUGAUGAUUUCCAACUUCAAGAGCAGUUAUCUUUCCUGAAUGAAAAGAACAACAAUGAUUUCUUCUACCCAUCACUUGAGCAAGUUUCAAGUCCAAGUAGUAAUUCUGACGGUAUGCUGUUCCCUAAUUAUGCUGCCAAUUGGGGAAACGCUGCUAAUAAUUCUGCUGCUGCUGCUAUGAGUAAUGGUAGUCACAGAAGAAGUUGUUCUGUUACUGAUAUCUGCUUGGGUUCUGACCCUUUGGGUUCUGGUUUUGGAUGGAAACCAUGUCUGUACUACAACAGAGGUUACUGUAAGAAUGGAACAACCUGUCGGUUCCUCCAUGGUGAUUCUCCUGAUUCACCAUCCAUGGUGGGUUCUCCUUCAAAAAUUGAUUUCAUGGAACAGUGCCAAGAGUUACUCAGAUCCAAAGCUGCUCAGCAGCAACAACAACAGCAGCAGAUGAGGUUGAACACUGCUUCUCAGCUAUUGGGUACUAGUUCUUUACCUUACACUUCAGUGGCUGGGAAAUGCAUGAAUUUCUUGUUGCAACAGCAACAGAAUGAUAACCAGAGAGCGGCUGCUGCAGCAUUGCUUUUAGGAGAAGACAUGAAAUUCGGAAGGAAUCGAAUGGAAAGGAGCGAAUUCUCGAGCUCAGGAGGUGGAAUGAUUAACCCAGGUUCUAGGCAAAUCUACUUGACUUUCCCUGCUGAUAGCACUUUUAGAGAAGAAGAUGUUUCCAAUUACUUCAGCAUUUACGGGCCAGUGCAAGAUGUGAGGAUUCCAUAUCAGCAGAAGAGAAUGUUCGGGUUUGUCACAUUUGUGUACCCAGAAACUGUGAAACUGAUCCUGGCAAAAGGAAACCCACAUUUCGUAUGUGAUGCUCGUGUUCUCGUCAAGCCUUACAAGGAAAAGGGGAAAGUCCCUGAUAAUUCUUCAUCUGUAAUUAACAGGAAGCAACAGAACCAAGGUGAAAGAGGAGAAUAUUCAUCUUGUACUACCCCCACCGGUUUAGACUCUAGAGAUCCUUACGACUUGCAACAACUUGGUGGAGCAAGGAUGUUGUACAACAACCAGGAUUUGUUAUUGAGAAGAAAAUUGGAGGAACAGGCAGAGCUUCAACAAGCAAUAGAUAUGCAAAGUCGCAGAUUGAUGGGCUUGCAACUUCUAGACAUCAAGAAACACCACCAUAGAAAUUUAUCCAUGGGAGCUGUUCCAAUUCCUUCUCCAACUCACUCUCAUGCCUUCCUCAAUCAAACUCUGAUCAAUUCAAUGUCCUCUCCCAGGAGUUCCGAGACCCGUGAAGAAAAUUGUGGAAGCCCUGCUGCAGCCACUUCCCCUGGUUCUGAUCAGCUCGGAGGGGAUCAGCAUUCUCAGCAGCUGGCAGUAAAUAUGGAUGCUAAGAAAGAAGAACUCGUUUUUGUUGACAAUAUCACUGAGGAGAAACCCAAUGGGGAAAGCGAAGUCCAUGAAGGCAGCUCGGAGCACAAUCUUCCCGACAGUCCAUUUGCGUCUGGUGGGGAUUCUUCUUCUUUCUUCUCCACCGAUACAGCAGAGGCUGAGAGGAGCAUUGCUGCUUCCUCUGCAUUCUCUUCAUCAUUAUCAUCUCCAUCUAGUAUCCAUAGUAACGUAUUAGCAUCAUCGUUGUUUCCUCCAACUUCUACUCUGGAUAUGGCAUCCUUUAAAUCAUGUUUCUUCCCAAUGCCCAGGUUCUCUUCGGGGCAAGGAGCUAUAGAAAUGUAAGUCCGGGAUUGGGGCGGUUUGGCCGUCCAGCAACAGCGGGACUGGUUUCACUAGAGAACCGAAAUCAAUGAAGACUUGUUAGAUUCAAACAGAGGACAGGAGAUACAUUUUAGUUUUACCCCAAAUAACAUAAGUAGGAAUGUAGAGAAGAAAGACUUCAUCAUCAGGGCCGAUUGUCAUGUCCGUGACGUAGCCAUUGUAAUGGUAUGGAGAUUCAAAUACAAUACUACUUACCACAAUACAAAAUGCAAUACAUACAGAGAGAGACACAUGAACCUCAUUUGAGAUGAGACUACUUUGAGGUGUGAUCCCCACAGAAAAAAGCUUCUUGGAUGGAUGGAGGAUAUGGGUUAGUAGUAGUAAAAGCCCCUCCUGUAAGUUGUAUCCUUUGGCUUCUUCCCCAUUUUCACAUGAAUAAAGGAAAAAGAAGCUGAAAGAAAAUCUAGUGUCUAAUACUACUAAUUACAAAACAUCAACAACAACAUCAACAUCAACAUCAAUUCAUUGCAGGCAGAAGGGGAGAAAAGCUAAAGUUUUUACAGCUCAAACUUUGGUCAUGUAGAAUUGUAGUAGAAAAAGAAAGAAACCAAAAAGAAAAAAAGAAGAAAGAAUAUGUACCAACUUGUUUUAACCAUCACUUUUACUUUUUUUGCUUUUUUUUCCCCCUUUUUAUCUUUUCCCUUUUUUUCUAUUGUCUUUCUUAAUUUGUUAUUAAUAGAACACAGUAUUAUCACCAUCA